AUGGAGGCCCUGGAAGAAGCUGAACUCUGCUUUCCCCAACUCAACACCUCCUGUAGGAAGAUGAUGCGUCCUCACUUGGAGGACAUGCUAAUUUACAGUCUGCUGUCCUGCAUCACUCUGCUCACUGUGGUUCUGAACCUGCUGGUCAUCAUCUCUAUCUCCCACUUCAGGCAGCUCCACACCUCCACCAACCUCCUCCUCCUCUCUCUGGCAGUCGCAGACUUUGUUGUGGGUCUCCUGCAGAUGCCAGUUAUACUUCUCCAGAACCAAGGCUGCUGGAUCCUGGGUGACCUUAUGUGUGCUGUGCAUUACUUUUUAGGAUUUCUCAUUGUCAGUGUUUCAGUAGGAAACAUGGUGCUCAUAUCAGUUGACCGCUAUAUUGCUAUUUGUGACCCCAUGUUUUACUCCACCAAAGUUACUCUGAAAAGAGUUCAAUACUGUGUUUAUCUGUGUUGGGUAUUUUCUGCUGUGCACAGCAGUUGGAUACUGAGGGAUUUCUUAAAACAACCAAAUAGGUAUAACUCCUGUUAUGGAGAUUGUGUAGUUGUAGUCAGUUUUGUUGAGGGAGCUGUUGAUCUUGUUGUGACCUUUUUAGGCCCCAUUUUAGUCAUCACUGUUUUGUAUUUGCGAGUAUUUGUGGUGGCUGUGUCUCAGGCUCGUGCCAUGCGCUCUCACGUUACAGCUGUCACACUUCAGCGUUCACAGACUGUAAAAGCUAAGAAAUCUGAGAUCAAAGCAGCCAGGACUCUUGGUGUCGUUAUAGCUGUGUUUCUUCUGUGCAACAGUCCAUAUUAUUGUUUUGCUGUUGCAGCUGAGAGCAACUUGGUAGGGGCAUCAUCUGCACCCAUUGAGAUUUGGCUGGUGUAUUUCAACUCCUGUCUAAACCCUGUGAUCUAUGUUUUUUUCUACCCCUGGUUCAGAAAAUCUAUUAAAAAGAUUGUGACACUUAAGAUACUGCAGUCUGGCUCCAGUGAGGCCAAUUUAAUGUAG